GCCGUACCCACUGAUACCAGGCGUCGUUGAAGGACAGUUCAGUACGGGUGCUCGCUAGAGUCAGAAAGCCAGCCAUUUGAUUACAUACAUUUCAACCUUGAACUUCUUAGAGGUUCAAAAUGGUGCUUAGGCGGAUCUUCAACGCAUUGAUAAAUAACGCUCAAGUGGUUGAGAAACUGGCCGAGUCUCGACCCAUCAGACGGGCAGCCCAGAUCACGGCCUUCGCCAUAACUAAAGCACAGAUCGCAGGGAAAGAAGCGUCGACUAAGCUGCUGAGGUCAGAAACCGUCCGCCAGGUACGAGAAGAGUCAUCAAAGAUGCCAAGAGAUGUGCAGGAAUUGGGUCGGAGAGCAACAAGGCUUCGGAACACGUUUGUAAAGGAAGUAAAAGACGGGAUGAGAGACGCCAGCAGACAGAUCAAAGACAAAAAGUGACCGAUAAAGUCAACUUUGACCACGAGCUGCUAUUUGUGAAUUUAUGAACUCCAUUCAGAAUGUUUUUUCUGUCAGCUGCAUCAGCAGAUGAUGUUUUAUUGCCCGACAGACAUGUUUAAAUUAUUACUGUAAACACUGUCAUAUGAAAAAAUAUGGUUUGUGUAAGUGCCAUGUGAUUUGUAUAAUAAAUAGUAUGGGAUUAUAUAAA